AUGUAUUCCAUUCCUGAAACCAAUGUCGGAUGCUUGGGUGGUCUCGGUCGUAGCUUGACCUCGUGGAUGAUGGAAUUUGGAGCUCGUCGCUUCACUUUCCUCUACCGAUAUGGGGUAGACUCACUCUCCGUUGCCAAGCUGGUCGCCAACCUUGAGGCUGCCGGAGCCAUCGUGCAAGUUGUCCGCGGUGACGCCACUUCUCGCGACGAUGUUGUCCGUGCUAUCAACGGCAUCCCUGUCGAUUCCCCAUCAAGGAUGCUAUCCACGCUGCCAUGGUUCUCAGACAAAGCUGCGAAGCUAGCUUUGCGAAGUUGUAUAAUACUAUACCUCUGGAGGUUUAUUUAA